CUUAGACAAGCACAGUGCGAGCGGGGGAAGAGGAGGAGCAGCGGCUGUCGCCGGACACCGACCACCCAUUCCCCCCACCCCUAACAAGAGCCGGAGCUGCCUGGCUCAAAGUAAAACAAACACGCCGGACUCCAGCCUCCCGGGACUAACCCAUCAGGAUAAAAAGAGUAGGGGGAGAAAAAGAACCAUCAGGGUGGAGAACGCCAAUAAAGGGAAUCGAUUCGAUCUGCUUGUGAGGAGUCUUCUCUCCCCAUUAAUUGGACGGCCGCACUGUCAUUGUGUCACACCAGCUCUUCUCUUUCAGUCUGGGGCAACAACGGACCCCCGAAAAGACCAGUGAACUUGGCACUAUCACAGAAAAGCCUCAUUUGGGUGGGAGUCGGGAUUUGCGAUUCACCCCACACCAGAGUGCCGGUGGAACAUUCUGCCAGCGCAGCGCUGAGACAAGCGAAUAGCGGAAGCUUAGGGAAGAGAGAGAGGAUGCAGAGCUUGGAUCGGGUGGAUCUGUGUGAGAGUCUGUUGACGUGGAUACAGACAUUUCAUGUGGAUGCACCAUGCAAAACGGUAGAAGAUCUGACUAGCGGUGUUGCCAUGGCUAUGGUCCUCCAGAAAAUUGAUCCAGUAUAUUUUGAUGAGAACUGGUUAAAUCGGAUAAAAACUGAUGUUGGAGACAACUGGCGACUAAAGAUAAGCAAUUUGAAGAAGAUUUUAAAAGGUAUCCUGGACUAUAAUCAUGAGAUUUUGGGACAUCAGGUAAAUGAUUUCACACUUCCAGAUGUUAUUUUGAUUGGAGAACAUUCAGAUGCAUCAGAACUGGGACGAAUGCUCCAGCUUAUUUUGGGAUGCGCUGUCAAAUGUGAACAAAAACAAGAGUAUAUACAAGCAAUAAUGAUGAUGGAAGAGUCUGUGCAACAUGUGGUCAUGACAGCCAUCCAAGAGUUAAUGAGUAAAGAAACUCCAGUUUCCAUUGGCACAGAUGCCUAUGCUGAACUCGAUCGCCAGCUAAAAAAGGCAAAUGAAGAACUGAACGAUGCGUUAUCAGCGAAAGAAGAAAUUGCCCAGCGAUGCCAUGAGUUGGAUAUGCAGGUUGCUGGACUUCAAGAAGAAAAAAGCAGUUUACUUGCUGAGAACCAGAUUCUUAUGGAGCGAAUGAACCAAUCAGAUUCACUGGAAGAUCCCAACAGUCCAGCAGGUCGAAGGCAUCUACAGCUUCAAACUCAACUAGAGCAAUUACAAGAGGAAACGUUCAGGCUGGAGGCAUCAAAAGAUGAUUACAGAAUUCGCUGUGAAGAGCUGGAGAAGGAGAUCACAGAGUUCCGGCAACAAAAUGAAGAUUUAACUACGCUUGCAGAUGAAGCCCAGUCACUAAAAGAUGAAAUGGAUGUUCUCCGGCAUUCAUCUGACAAAGUAGCCAAGUUAGAGAGUCAGGUUGAUUCGUACAAGAAAAAGUUGGAAGAUCUGGGAGAUUUGCGACGGCAAGUGAAGCUUUUAGAAGAGAAGAACACUAUGUACAUGCAGAAUACAGUGAGCCUAGAAGAGGAACUUCGGAAGGCCAAUGCUGCCCGCAGUCAGCUUGAGACUUACAAGAGACAGGUAGUUGAAUUGCAAAACAGACUCUCGGAGGAGUCAAAGAAAGCAGAUAAACUGGAAUUUGAAUAUAAAAGAUUAAAAGAAAAAAUUGACAGUUUACAGAAAGAAAAAGAUAGAUUAAGGUCAGAAAGAGACUCGCUUAAGGAAACCAUUGAGGAGCUGAGAUGUGUUCAAGCUCAGGAGGGACAAUUAACCUCAGCAGGUUUGAUGCCAUUGGGCAAUCAGGAGCCAACAGACAGUUUAGCAGCAGAGAUUGUUACACCAGAAAUUAAAGAGAAGCUUAUACGGCUGCAACAUGAAAACAAGAUGUUAAAAAUUAAUCAAGAAGGAUCUGACAAUGAAAAAAUAUCCCUUUUACAAAGCCUGCUUGAUGACGCCAACAUGCGGAAAAAUGAGCUGGAGACAGAAAACAGACUAGUAAAUCAACGGCUGAUAGAAAUGCAGUCCCAGGUGGAGGAGCUCCAGAAAUCUUUACAAGAGCAAGGUGCAAAAACUGAAGAUUCACUGCUUUUGAAAAAGAAGCUUGAAGAACACUUAGAAAAGCUACAUGAAGCAAACAAUGAACUACAGAAAAAACGGGCUAUUAUUGAAGAUUUGGAGCCUCGUUAUAACAAUAGCUCAAUGAAAAUUGAAGAAUUGCAAGAUGCUCUGCGGAAAAAAGAAGAGGAUAUGAAACAAAUGGAAGAGCGUUACAAAAAAUAUCUAGAAAAAGCAAAAAGUGUUAUACGCACAUUAGAUCCAAAACAGAAUCAGGGAACUGGCCCGGAAAUACAAGCCUUAAAAAAUCAGUUGCAGGAAAGGGACAAAAUGUUUGUGUCAUUAGAGAAAGAAUUUGAGAAAACAAAGACACAGAGAGAUCAAGAAGAGAAAUUAAUUGUGAGCGCAUGGUACAACAUGGGAAUGACCUUACACAAAAAAGCAGCAGAAGACAGACUUGCUAGCACGGGCUCAGGGCAGUCAUUUCUGGCACGACAAAGGCAAGCAACAAGUUCUAGGAGGUCCUACCCCGGUCAUGUUCAACCCGCUACAGCGAGGUAGAAGAGACUCAUGGGAAAUCUUCAUCUUGACCUUGUAUUGCACAUGACAGCAUUUCAGGAAAUGUAACCAGUGUGCUUUUAUUUGUUCUUUAUAUUUUUACUACAAAUCCUAAUCACACAUAAGUCUUUUCUAUGAUGUUUGUUUUCAUUUUUUUAUGUGCCAAAAGUGUUUUAUUUACCCAAAAUAGAUGUAAGGAUUUCUUUUUGAUUAAUCGCCACCGAAGUUCUAAACACAGAAGGGUUAUUUACCUUGACCCCAGACAGAAGCGCAAGAGGACUUAAGAGCACAUUCUUAGUGCUCAUUCAAAUAGCAUUUCUGAUCAGGGCCAUUGUUGCUCCUGGCAGGCAGAUCUGGUGCAAGGUGCAGAGUACAGCAUAGGUGAGCUCAAGGCAGUCCUCUCCUUACUGCCUGCAGUGUGGGUAAAGUAAGCCCACCACACCACAUCUGCAAGUGCAGAGACCUGUGGAAAUUAUAUGUGUAGGGUGCAGAGUGCUCGUCUCUAAACCCAAGAUUCCACAUCUCUCUCUCCAUCUUUGUUUUGACUGGAGUCUUACUGUACAUCCAUAGCAGCUGGAAUGCUGUUAUCUGCACACCCCUGAUGUAAUGCUAUGUUUGCAUAGUUUUAACAGAUCCACUCCGCAAAGGUAAAGGAAUUGUCUCUUUAUAUCUUUGUGAUUGUAUGUACAUAUCAGCAAAUGGCUGGAUAUUUUUAAUAUAUUUUUGAUCUGUUGUGGAAAAUGAGAAGUCAGUGGGCACCAGAAAUGUCUGUUUAUAGGCACAGAAUGUAAACAAGGACUUCAGGUAUACUUUAUAUUGAUCCAGCCAAGUUGUUUUUACAAAACUAUAACAGUCUUCUUGACAGAGUCUGCAUGGCGACCUAUGUUACAUGAGCAGCACAUCCUAAUACAGUAGUUAGAUUCCAGCAGAAUCUGGAAAAUGUCUUGCUGAAUGUUGCUGAAAGGUAUAUCAUAAACUGUAGUUUGACUGAAAGCAGAAAAAUGUACAUAUCACCCAAUGCCUGGUUUCUUUUCAGCUUUUUUGCUACAAAACCUUGGAGACCAUAGUAAGCAAAUGCAAGUUUAAAAUUAGCAACUUUUUUCACUGUAAAAAGGUGUUUGUUCAUCAAUGAUUUCCUGUGGAGGUGUGUGCACCUCCUGCUAAUAUCCAUCAUACCAGUCCACAAAGAGUGUCAAGUCACAUGUCUGUUAUUUGACAUACUACUUCUCUUAGGCAAGAUUGAACCUCUUGUCAGCAAGUCUGACAUAUGACUCUAACAUCAAGGUAGCACCAUGAUUAUACCUUUGUUUGCACCUGUAUUAGCAACAAAAUAUUUUGUUAGAGGGUGCAUGAUACAGCUUCUGUGUGAGUAAUUGGCUAUAAAAUAAAUCUGCAUCAUCAUUCAUGGCAGGGGUUUUCCCCACAUGCAUACACUUUAGUGUAACAAUUUUUAUAAGUUUUUGGGAAAGUGCCGUCCUUCUAUACUGAGCACCUAGCAUAUUUAGGUGCAGUGUGUCAAUGUAAUGUACGGACUAGUUAUAAAUUGGCCCCAUUAGCUGCUCUCAUGCACUUAUUGUUUCAGACAAGGUUCAAGUCAAGGAUCAUAAUGGUGGUGGAGAUUGAAACAUGCCUCAUCUAUAGAUAUCAUAGCGUAGUGUUGGUUAAUGUGUAUUAUAAGGGCCAAAUGUGAUUGUUAAUCUGGAACAGGAGGCUCCCUUACACAAUCUGAACACAUUUGUUCUUUUCUUAAGUAUUGCUGUGAACUGCAGUGAGUAUGAUCUGUCGGAGCUAAGCUUGGGUUUCCAGGUUUGUGCCAAACAAAAGUGCUUCAGUUAAAUGCCCAAGGCACACACAAGUUUUGGAGGCUUUUUUUCUUGACUCCCCAUUGCUGCUUAUGGGUAGCCUAAAAAAAGCCAAAACAAUAAAUUCUAAGGCAAUUCACUCCCUAAAUGCUAAAUGCCACGGCUAUACUAUUGUGUGAGAAUGUGAUGCCCAACCCUUGCUUUUUUUUUUUUUAAAAAAUGUAAGAACAAAACUUGGCGCCCACCCCGCUCUCAUGAUUUUAUUCACUUACUUGAUACACCAGGCCAGUGCUCCUGUAAGAUGAAAACUAGGCCGGGUUUUUUUCACUGAGGGAUCCUUUUCUCCUGGUACUUAGGGGCUAACACAUGUGCAGUAAAGUGAGAAGGUUGGCUUUUGGUUUUCACUCCAUUGCAAAUGCACAUCGGUGAAAAGAAAUAAGAAGUAGGAAGAGGAUCAUCCGUGGUGCUUGCUGAAGAGAAAACCAGGCCAGUGCAGUUUUCUGCCAGCCAGGGUAUCCAGAAAGUAAAUAGUCACUGGCAGGAUGCAUGAUUAGCCGGAUUGGUGUGGAGACGUAUAUUGUAAAUUAUUCAGCAGAAAGACCUAACAUAUAUUCCCCCUAUUUAUGCAUUUUUCCCUCUAAAAAUAACUUCUAAUUUGUAAAACUAUGAGCAAUGCUGGUUUUGUAGAUAAAAAAGUGUGUAUGAUGUAAUGACCACUUUCAUUUUGCUUAUUAUGGAUGUGUGUUGUUUAGUGCCUUCAGGGUUGAGAUUACGUUACAUUGACCAUCUUCUUGAAAAGAUUUUAACUUACUGUAUUAGCAGCUGCAUACGUGCAAUAGAGCCUCCAAUGCUAACUAAUGAAUGUUUGAAGAAUGUAGAAAAUUGCAGGGAACCUUCAGAAUAUCAACAUUUUUGCUGUGAUUUUGUAGGUUAGAAGUUGUUCCAGUUGUUGCUUUUGUUGCACAAUUACUCCAUCUGCCUUUGUGAACGUAAUGCUACAUAGCUGCUGGAUUUUUAGAGGUGUAAUGAGUGAUGACUGUAUGAAUUCAGUGUGAGGUAACAACUGCAGUGCUUUUGCAGACAAUUAAAGAUUUUUAGAAUUCCCCUAAUAUUGAGAGAGACAGGUGAUCUUCAAUGAGAACAUAAUCUGGAAAAAAAAACAGAGUGAAAAGCCAUACAAGUACUCGUUUGAUCAGAUAUAUUGCUAGGAUAGAUUUCCCACUGACACUAAUCUCAGGGAAGAAGUAAAUUCAUUAAUGGACCAGUAACACUAAAAAAAGGGUGUUGAGUUGCUAUUGUAUUGUUACUCCUCACUCAUUUACUGUAGGUGCAGAUUUCAUAAGAUACAACAUGUUACUGUUCCAUAAAGCUGGGAAGUCAUAGACAGCUUUCUUACUUAUACUUUGACUUUCCCAGAUUUGUUCCCUGUAUCAACUUAAUUUUACUUGCUCUUCACUUUAUAUAUGGCUUUUAUACCUUCUUCUAAAAAGAAGCAUUUCUACCUUUUCAGGUCUUGGUCUUGGUCAUCUUCUCAACAUAGCUAAUAACUUCCAAGCUAUAGCAAAAGGGACCAUCUACACCCUAAAACUGCUGGCUUUGUCUUUUAGGAGGUAGUUGCCUCCCAUGAUGGGAAACAAUAUCAAUAUGAGACAAAUUCUUGUAAUCACAAAAAAAGCAUCGGUGCAGAAGCCCUCUGUUUAAUUGACACACAUUUGAAAACCCAAAUAGCUAUAAGUUAAAAGUUAUAUCUGACAAUAGACAAAGGUAUACCCUAAAUCUGCCCAUCAUUAGGCCUCUUGGGCUCUGGCUAAUAUGAACUAUCCUGUCUAGAUUAGAACGUAUGAGUUAUACUUCCUAAAACACAGAUAUUCUUUUCCUUUAUUAAAAUUAUACAAAGGCAUAAACAUUU